AUGAUUCUCGUCGUAGAGAGAUCAUCAAUCGAAGCAAACGUUCGACUGGGAAAACAUGAACAGGGAAGAGGAAGGAGGCAAUUGAAGCCAUCUGGGAUUGCAAAUGGGGAAAAUUCUGUUAAGAGGAACGCUGUAUCUGAGAAGGCGUCCCAAGACAUGGAUUAUGCGGAGGAACUUGAACCUGUGCCUGAUGAAAAAGAGAUUGGUAAUGAGGUUAAGAGGGAAUCAACUUUGACUAGUUGUCAACGAGCCCUUGCUUGCUUCUGCAUCUGGCAGAUCAACCGCGAUUGA